AUGUCAGCCCUUGACUUGAGCGAUAUAGCAGCUGCGCUCCGCACAGCACGCGAUGAGUGCAAGCCCAUCGACGCACCAACAAAGAAAUGGACGUCCCUUGACGCAGAGGGCGCAUUCCAGGUUCAGAAAAUCAACUCUGAUUUCGCAGUCCAGAAUGGAGACCGUCUUGUCGGUUACAAGCUUGGAAACAUCGCCAGAGUCAUGCAAGUCGCCUUUGGACUUGACCACCCCGACUACGGCUUCCUGCACGCAAAGACAUUCCAUUAUGAAGGCUCCCCUAUCCACCUGGACCAGUUCAUCAAGCCAUAUGUCGAACUUGAGCCCGCCUUUGUCCUGAAAAGCCCUCUCAAAGGACCCAAUGUGACUGUUGCAGACGUGAUCAGUGCAGUUGACUACGUCGUUCCCUCGAUUGAAAUCAUCGACUCCCGUGUGAAGAAUUGGGCUAUUGAUCUUCCGGAUACAUUGGCCGAUAAUGGUUCAAACGGUGGUGUGAUUCUGGGCGGAACUCCCAAGAAGCUAUUUGACCUCAAUCUCAGCAACACCAGGGGAAUCUUGCGGUUCAACGGUGUCGAGGUUAUGACGGGAAACACUCGCAAUGUGCUUGGAAACCCUCUGGCGGGUGUUGCCUGGUUGGUGAACCGCCUUUCUGCCUAUGACAUUGAGUUCCAGGCAGGCCAGAUUAUCUUGCCUGGAAGUUGCUUGGAGGCUGUCCCGAUGGAUAAGCCUGGUCGUUGGUCUUGUGAAUUUGAGGGCUGGGGCACUAUCGAAUUUGAUGUUGUUUGA